GUUCACAGGAAGCUGGGGGGCUGCCAUUUUUCCCCUGCUAACAUGUUCGAUGCUAAAAAGGCGAGGAACGGUGGUCGUCGCUGAGCGCUUGUGUUUAUUGUCUCCCGUUCGCUGUACGUUUGCCCUCGUCCGCCUUUUCCGUCGCAUGCAUUAGGCUCGGUUGUUGAAUGAAGACGGCAUGGAGAGGAUCGAUCAGCCGUGGAGUUCCUCCUACACGUACCAGGUGAGCAAACACAGCGCUGAGAUGCUACACAACCUCAACGCGCAGAGAAAAGAUGGUGGCAGGUUCUGCGAUGUUAUCUUGCGCGUCGGAGAGGACAGCUUCCCGGCCCACAAGGCGGUGUUGGCGGCGUGCAGCGAAUAUUUCGAGUCGGUGUUUAGUUGUCGGGCGGGGGACGAAGGAGAAGGCAAGGAGCUGGAGAUGCACACGAUUAGCCCUAAAGUUUUCCGAGACAUCUUGGACUUCGCGUACACAUCCAAGAUCGUGGUGCGUCUGGAGUGCUUCCCGGAGCUCAUGACGGCGGCGAAGUUUCUGCUCAUGCGAUCCGUCAUCGAGAUCUGUCAGGAGGUCAUCAAACAGUCCAACGUGCAGAUCCUCGUGCCGCCUCCUCGCGGAGGCGAGCAUAGCCUGUUCAGGAGCGCCGGGGCCGCGGAGCAGCUGUCAUACCCCGUGGACGGGAGCGUGUCCAACGGCGCCGUGUUUACCAACAAUAAUGACAGCGACGGUGCCGAUCCGACCCAGUCUAGUAACGGCGCGCAGACAGUUGAUCGCUUACCCGUUUCCCCGUUGGAGUUUCCCGGAAACCACCUGAACACCGAGGUAUCCCCGGGAUCAAAACGAGGCAGAGGGAGACCCAAAAAAGAGCCCGCGUCGGAGCCCAUUACGUACAAUAGCACAGCUCAUAAUAAUGAUGGUGGGGUUUGUGGCAAGAUCUUUUCCGAUGACGUCCAGUUACGAAGCCACGAAACCCAACAUGGGGCGUUUUCCGGUGGCGUGAAUCUCGUCGCAGUGGACGGUCCAACGAUGAUUCCGCACUCCCAGGCUCGGUGUCAGGAGAAUGGACUGCCAACGGAUAACCGCAAGCGCGAGAGGACGAGACGACACGUUGCGUGCGACCUAUGCGGAAAGGUUUUCCGGGACGUGUACCACCUGAACCGACACAAGCUGUCACAUUCGGGCGAGAAACCCUACGCUUGUCCAGUGUGCGGGCUGCGGUUCAAACGGAAGGACAGGAUGUCGUACCAUGUACGAUCCCACGACGGGUCUGUGGGUAAACCGUAUGUCUGUCAAAGCUGCGGUAAAGGUUUCUCAAGGCCAGAUCAUCUGAAUGGACAUAUUAAACAGGUGCAUACCACAGAGAGACCACAUAAGUGUCAGAUUUGCAAUGCAUCCUUUGCGACGCGAGAUCGACUGAGAUCACAUCUGGCAUGUCACGAAGAUAAGAUACCAUGUCAAGUGUGUGGGAAAUUUCUCCGGGCUGCCUACAUGACUGACCACUUGAAAAAACACAGUGAAGGACCUCAUAACUACUGUGGAAUAUGCAACAAAGGUUUUUCAACCGCAUCCUACUUAAAGGUGCACGUAAAAACGCACCACAGCUCAUCUGUGCUCCCUUCGUCUGCACCUCAUCAGUUCCCUGAGCCGCGCACCAACAGACCGCAGAUGCACAACGGUGCCCCUUACCACUCAGGACGUCCGUGCGCAGUGGAAGACCUUUGCACCAGUCGCCGACUCUUGGUUUCGUUUCCCGAGACAGAGGGGUCUUUUCGGGGGCUAUCUGGGCCGGUUCUGCCCCAGCCUGUCCCUCCUGGCCUGAGCCUGCAGCCUGAGCUGCUCCUGGGUAAAACAGGCCCGACUCCCUAUUUCUGGGAGUGCCGCUCUUCUGGAGCACCAGGGUUUCCACUCCACGGGCCUCUUACAGACGGGCAGGAGAAUUCUGGGAAAUGCCCCCACCAGGACUCUGACGGGUCGGACACGGCUUUCGGCGACCUCUCCAACGGAAACGAUCUCAAGCCUGAGCAAAAACCCGAGGGAGAAGAACUGGAAGUCACGUCGUUCAUCUUUAACGGGCAAAUCGACGACACGCCGACCACGGCCGGAGGAUCCAAACAAAACGCAGACCCCGAAAAGAAGUUCGCUUGCGCCGACUGUGGACAGACCUUCCGUACGAAGUCUUACCUCAACAAGCACCAUCAUCGGGUGCACAAGAAACGUGCCGCGGCGGCAUCCAGUCUCGGUAACCUCGGCUCACCCUUUUCUCCCCAACAAAACAUGUCACUUCUUGAAUCGUUCGGCUUUCAGAUCGUCCAGUCAGCCUUUGCUUCCUCACUGGUGGACUCGGAGAUGGGCGGCAGUGGAAUGGGUUUAGAAGAUAAAUGACUUUCUUAAGAUAUUUCUUAUAACCCUGCUCUUACUGGACAACCAAACAUUCGAUAACUUCGAGAUUAGUCUGUUGUCUUAUACUUCUACAACUUUUUUGUUCUUUUUUUAACAUGUUAAUGUUUUGACCAUCAUGGAUGCUGUUUGCAUUCCAUGUUGGUAUAAAGCAGCUAAUCUGCCCCAACACACUUUUGAUAAGUCUUUUACACUUGAUACCCCAAAUACACGGACAUUGUGCAAGCUAAUUUUGAAUUGCCGCAAUCCCACCUAAAUUUUCGGAGACAACUAUGAGUAAUCUAUCAAAAUAUUGCUCUGUUUAUUUGUGCAUUCGACCAUCCAAAGCAAGACUGUCUCAACCAAUGGGGAGGAGAGUUUAGGGUGGGACUUUCUGUUUAUCCAGACAAUGGAAGACAAAGUGGAGCAAUUAGGAAAACGCCAUUUACGUCAUUAUUUCUUUUGGUGGGGCAAAAUUAUUAACUUAUCCUGUCUGAAUUUGACAAGUAUUAAAUGAUUAUAAUCCUUUUCAUAACUUCAGUCCAAAUAAUGGCUGUUAGAUCACUUAUUUUUGUGUUUUUUGAUGUUUUGGUUGACAAAAGUGUGUCGUUUUAUUAAUGUCCAACAGGGACCAAUUUCAGGUUUCACUGUAAGAUAUAGCAAGAAGCAAAGAAUAUAUUUUAUUAACUUAUUGAUACUGGUGUCCAAGUUUCCUUUACAAAAAGGUAUAUAUUGAGUUUUGUUUAAAUAUGCGACGUGCUAUUUUCUUCUUGAAUCAUGCACCUGAUUUGAGGGUAGUGUGAGCGAUUUAAUGUGUACAUGAGAGCAAUGACGUGUGUGUGUGUGUGUUUACGGUCUCUCCGAUGUCUUUAUCUCCAGAAUGUAAUAUAAACAGAGGGCUUUGUAGUCUUUUUUAAUAUAUCAGAGUUUUUCUAAGAGGUUCAAUACAUUCCUGCUUAAGUCUUGUCAUUCAUAUAUACAUUCAUAUAAAUAUAUAUAUAUAACAAAUUUGUAUAUGUAUGGCCAAUUAUGUUUGUUUAUGUCAAUGGGAUCCUUGUGUAUAUAUUUUUUUCUUUGGCCUUGGUGAAUGAAUACUUUUUUUAUGGUGGAAUAUAAUUUAGUUUUAAGAGGGUUGAUGUUUAUACUGAUAAAUCAAUUUUUUGUUGUUUCUUUAAUAUUAUGCAAGUGUGUUUUGUGUAAGCCUGUUUCCCAUUAAUCUAAAUUCAGUGUAAGUGUUGGUUACCUUUUUAUUUUACCUAUUUAAGUUAAUAGUUUAGUGUACCGUAAAUGUAUUUGGUAUGGCAGUUUGUACAAUGCUUCAAGCGGUCACUCAUGAUGAUGGAAGCUAUCAAGUACAUAAUGCAUACAAAACAUGUUGUAUGUCAAUAUAUGUACUUGUAUAUGUUAUAGGCGUACUGUUGUUAUGUGCAACAGUAAUGUGGAAAGCAGAUUCACUGUAAAAAAAAUUUAGGUUUAACUAAUGUUACCUGUUUGGCUUAAUAUUUUAACUUCAUUCAACUUAAAAAUAUUAGUUGACAACCAAUGUUACACAACUUUUGAGUAAAGUUAUAAUUCAGUUAAAAUUUUAAGUUUAAAAUAAAGGCAACCAGGUAACUAAGUUGAAUCAACUUUUUUUAUGGUGUUGGUUUGAGCACCACAUGCAAAAGUGUCUUCUAGAAAACUCCACGGCACAAUAUUGCUUCAAUCUAACUGUAUAAUUAAUCAUUGCUUAUUUCAAAUCCUGUGAAUAUAUAUUAACAAUCAUCAUUUGCCCCUAAUGGUAACCUGAUCUGAAUAGUCACACCCUUAUUUAUAACCAAUUUAUUUUGUGCCCAAUGGUAUUUUUUGUCAGGUUGGUUAUGGUUUUACAUCACUGGAAACAAUUUUUUAAAGUAUGUGUGUAUCUGUAUGUUGCAAAGUGCCUUCCCAGUACUGGUGGUUGAACAGCUAUGGGUUGGAAAUUCAGUCAUUAAAAGGACCUACCUUAAAAUUACCAUAUACAAACCCAGUUGCAUUGACACUUUUGUAUAAAGACAUGCACAUAGAAAAGUGUACAUUUGUUUGGUAUAUCUUUUAUGUUUUUAGACAAAAAUGCUGUUUCUCUGCAAUUUGUGUCACGACGUUCAUCAAUUUUUGGACAUUUGGAUAUUAGCAUACUUUUCUAUUGAUGUUUGUUUUUGUACACUGUUUUUGUGUCUCUGUCUAUUUGGUACAGAGAUGGGUAUACAAUAAAAUUGUAUUUGAGAGUUUUCUUUUA